GACCACCUCCGCGUUUCUCCUCUGCCUUACCCUACAAUAGGUGCCUUUCAACUGUAGCUCUCGCAGUUUGUUCAUCGAACCAGCAACUGCACGCAGUUCACCGAGGGCAACAAAAGAAAGCUUUUCAUACACAUAAAAUCACACCAAAAAUCGCCAUGAACCCAAACGCAAGGCCGAUAAAACACAUCCAGCGCGAGGAUCUUUACACCAACCUCGAAGUUCGCAUUCAAUACCUUCACUCGUUCCUCGACUUUUCAAGUCGUGACAUUGACGCCCUCAUCAGCGACUCCAAAUACAUCAAAGCCCUCAUCCCCGCCGUCGUAAAUAUUGUUUACAAGAAACUCCUCCAAUACGACAUUACCGCCCGCGCAUUCACCACACGAAGUACAUCCUUUGAAGGCCCUCUCGAUGACAUUCCCGACGAGAACAGCCCUCAGAUUCUGCACCGCAAGAUGUUCUUGCGCGCGUAUCUGAAUAAACUGUGUUCGGACCCAAGUAAGAUGGAGUUUUGGGAGUACCUCGACAAAGUCGGGAUGAUGCACGUCGGGCUCGGGAGGAAACACCCUCUACACAUCGAAUACGUCCACCUGGGCGCCUGUCUAGGCUUCAUCCAGGACAUCAUGAACGAAGCCAUCCUGUCCCACCCGCGACUGCACAUUCAGAGAAAAAUCGCCCUCGUCAAGGCUCUCAACAAGGUCAUCUGGGUCCAAAAUGACCUCAUGGCAAAGUGGCACGUCAAAGAUGGCGCCGAGUUCGAGACCCCCGACUCCGACAUUGAGAUUGAACGCGAGGGCUACCUGCAUGGCAAGAAGAUACUGGAAGACGAUGAUAUGAAGGAUACUGCGGAUAGCAACGGCUCGCCUGAUGGAGAGGAGAGCAAGUCGAAGGUAGUGCGAGGGACAUGUCCCUUCUCUGGGGUCUCAGCCGCGGGAGCGUCAGUGAAGCAUGAUUCCGAGGAGACGGCUCAAUGAAAUCGAGACGAGGUUGAGGCCAAUGCUGAAGUUGAACGGGCUCUUAAUUAGAAGACACGGUCA